CUCUGACAGGAAUUGACUUUAAGAUCAGAACAAUAGAAUUAGAUGGGAAGAAAAUCAAGCUACAGAUAUGGGAUACGGCAGGCCAGGAGAGAUUCCGCACAAUCACGACAGCUUACUACAGAGGAGCCAUGGGAAUUAUGCUGGUGUAUGACAUCACAAAUGAGAAGUCUUUUGACAACAUAAAAAACUGGAUAAGAAACAUAGAGGAGCAUGCCUCUUCAGAUGUAGAAAGAAUGAUCCUGGGUAACAAAUGUGAUAUGAAUGAGAAGAGACAAGUCUCAAAAGAAAAAGGGGAAAAGUUAGCAAUUGAUUAUGGAAUCAAAUUUUUGGAGACAAGUGCAAAAUCCAGCAUAAAUGUGGAAGAGGCAUUUUUCACACUUGCACGAGACAUUAUGACAAAGCUCAACAGAAAAAUGAAUGACAACAGUUCAUCAGGGGCAGGUGGGCCAGUAAAAAUAACAGAAAACCGAUCUAAGAAGAGCAGCUUCUUUCGGUGCACGCUACUUUGAUGAACUUCUAAUGAUAGACUGCAGCACACUUAGAACCUUUUCUGCUUCUUUGAAAGCACAGGGUCACAAGCCUCAGAAAUAAUACCACCAAGCUGCUGCUGAGAGCUCCAUUGAACCUAGACUGCGAUACACAAAAUACCAAGCGGAUUUUGCUCACUAAGCCUAUUGAUCUGUCAGGCUCUUCUUUCUCAGAUACGGAAGCUAUGAAGUGGAGAUACAAAUGCAAGAGUUAACUUGUUUUCCUUUUUUACUUUCUGUUUUAUUGCCUGUUGCAAAAGCUGCUAUGUUUCUUUUAACUUUGCACAUCCAUGUUGGCCUCUUACUGCCUGUUACAGCACAAUCUCACAUUUGUAUUUGCACAGUUUGACUUCUAAGUAAGAUUCUUAACAGAUUUGUGCAGAUUUUCUUUCGCUUUUAAACAAAUUUAUUUUCAAGCAGAAGAGCCAGGGGAAAAAUUGUCUCACUUCCAUUUUUUCUAUGCUGUAUACUUGUGGCCAUGACUGCAGCAUGGAUGUUGACAUUCUAGUGAUGAGAAUUACUCUAACAAUUGGCAUUUAACAUUUUGUAUUAAUUUUGCCUCUUAGAUGCACAAAUCUGUUCAUACAGAAGAUAUGGCUUCUAUUCUGAAUGUAGUAUAUUGCUUUUCUUUCUUUACCGGUCUUAGCAAAGUUGUGUUCUGAAUUGCCAGUCACUGUCUGAUUCACAGAUGCAUCUCUCAGUUAUUUGAAUAAACACGAUGUCUUUCCUCA